AUGGAUAUACAAAACAUAGAAACUGUUAUUGAGGAAUCGAAACAGGUCAUUGAGGAAUGCUUUAAUUUGUUCAAAUUAGACGAAGUAUUUUUAUGCUUCAAUGGUGGCAAGGACUGCACAGUGUUGUUGGAUCUCACAAUUAGUGUACUCAAAACUAAAUUUAAAACAAAUGACGUAGCUAAAGGCUUAAAGGUUGUGUACAUACAGACUAAGGGGCCGUUUAUAGAAAUAGAAGAAUUCGUUAAGGAAAUAGAAUUAUACUAUGGAAUCGAAAUAGUAGUGAUGGGAGGUGAACUUAAGGCGACCUUACAAAGGAUAUUGGAAAGUGAUAAACGUGUUAAAGCUGGUUUAAUGGGAACAAGAAGAACCGAUCCUCAUAGUGAAAAAUUAGUCUUUAUGCAGAAAACAGAUCCAAAUUGGCCUCAAAUGAUGCGAGUAUUCCCACUACUUAACUGGAGUUACCAUCAAAUAUGGAGUUACAUAUUACAAAGAAAAGUGCCUUAUUGUAAACUAUAUGAUAGAGGGUACACAUCUAUAGGUAGUAUUUACAAUACGUUACCAAACAAAUCAUUAGCUUUUACUGAUAAUGGAAGGACAAUGUAUCAUCCGGCGUGGAUGUUGGCUGAUGCAGAGCUAGAAAGGGCUGGAAGAGGUCCUACUAAUGGACACAUUAACACAGAAAAUCAAAUAGAUCAAUGA